GGCAGCAUAGAGGACAGGCACUGCCGGGGCACCGGGCAUUCCUCUCCCGGUGUCCUCUGCAGCCAUGAGCACCCUGUACACCAACACUGGGCGCCACUACCCACCAGGGACCACAGUGGAGGAGUCUGAUGGUGACGGUGACGACUAUGAAAACAUGGCGCCACCCUACAAGGACCUUCCUCCCAAGCCAGAUUCCACGGCUCCCCCGCGGCCUCCCAGAGCAGGAAAGAAAUCGGAGACCCCUCCUCUCCCUAGCAAGCCCCCGAGGAUGACAGCCCUGGACCUCCCGCCUGUGCCGCGCAAGUCUCAUCAGUUGGGCGUUGAUCGGGAGCCUCCUCCUGUCCUGCCGUCCCAAACCACCACUCCAGUGCCCUGGCUCCAUCCGAAGUCCAGGAGUCCUGGGUGUCACCAGGAGGAGAGGCUAAAGGUGUACCUGUGUCUGCUGCUGCUGGUGACGUCCCUGAUCCUGAGCUGCCUCAGUCUGAUUGUGACCCUGAUGAAGUACCAGGAGGUGGUGGAGAGGCUGGGGAUGUUGACCUCUCAGCAGACGGCCUGGCAGGUGAACGUGACCGGCAUGGCGGGGCUGGCUGGCCUGAAGAAGGACAUCGACCGUGUCAGAGCAGAUACCAACCAGUCUCUGGUGGAACUUCGGGGUUUGUUAGACUGUACCAGGAUCACCUGCCCUGAAGGCUGGCUCCCCUUUGAGGGCAGGUGUUACUACUUCUCUCCCAGCACCAAGUCAUGGGACGAAGCCAGGAAGUUUUGCCAGGAGAGUUACUCUCACUUGGUCAUCAUCAAUUCCUUUGCUGAGCACAAUUUCGUGGCCAAGGCGCACGGCUCUCCACGGGUGUACUGGUUGGGGCUGAAUGACAAGAACCGAGAAGGGGACUGGAGGUGGCUGGAUGGGUCCCCUGUCACGUUAAGUUUCUGGGCCCCACAGGAGCCCAACAACAUCUACGAGGAGGACUGCGCCAGCAUGAACAACGGUGGCACCUGGAACGAUCUCUCUUGUGCCAAAACUACAUAUUGGAUUUGUGAGCGGAAAUGUUCCUGUUGAACCCCCCGGGGCUGAAGCUAGAGGUGCGUGGCCCAGCGCCUCCCUGCUGGGGGUGAGAAUUCCCUGCCGUCCACAGAAGGUAUGCUGAAGACGUGAUUGACAGCUGGACGUGGCCAGCUCCCCGGGGUGCAGGCCAGGCCUUCCGGUUCAAGCAGAGGGGUGAGCUGGAGGGACGCCGGGGACUUGGUGGUAGGUGCCCUCCCAUUUCUGAGAGGUGGAGGACGUUCAUCCAUUUCCUGAUCUUGAGAAGCGAUGCUGAGUCUGACAUUGAACCUGGGGGGCUCUGAGCAUGACGUUGAGCCCAGGAUAAAACACCCUGGCUCCCCCGAACCAGGAGGCUCUGGGCUCCUUGACCGCCUGGCUGAUGCAGACCCACUUCUGGGAAGCCGUGGGGGCACGGUGAGCCUUGACCAUUCACUUUCUCAACGUCUUGGGUGUCAUUUUGCACAAGCUAUGUGACAGAAUCAGAUCUCUGGCAAGACCUGGCCCAUAGAACUCCUAGACAGACAAGACCACUUCCACACAGUAUAGUUGGGUCAGUCCGUGACUUGGUCAGACCCACAGUACAGUGAUGGGCACUGUCUGUCUACCUCUGCCCGGGGCUGUUUGUGGGUCGUAAAGGUCUUUGGUGGUGUAGAAGUUCACUCACAUCUGGGUGGACUUUCCUGGGCUAUUCACUCUGGCAAAGUUAGGGCUUCUCAAAAUGUGAUUUCACUGUGUAGUCCUGGCCCAUGGUGUUGGGUUCACAGGGCUGCAAUAACCAAAUACCAGAGGCUGGGCAGCUUAAAAAACAGAAAUUCAUUUUCUUACAGUUAUAGAAGCUGUAAGUCCAAGAUCAAGGGUGUCAGUUAAGUUGGUUUCUCUUCUUGUCUUGAGGAUAAUUGUCUUCUCCCUGUGUCUUUGAUGGGUCUCCCUUCCAUGGGUGUCUAUGUCCCAAUUUCCUCUACUUAGAAGGACACCAGUCAUAUUGCAUUAAGGUCCACUUAAGGGCCUCGUUUUACCUCGAUUACCUUUUUAGUUACCUGUUUAACCUCCAAAUAUGAUCACAUUCUGAGGAACUGGGAGUUAGGAUUUCAACAUAUGUAUCUUUUGGGAAAGCAAAUCACCCAUCAAGAACCAGAAGUACCCUUUGGUCAUUCUGACAUCCCAAACACACCACUCUGAGGUCUGGCGCUGUCCCCGUCUGAGCACAAGGAACUCAACUCGGUGGUCCUUUUGGACAACCCAUGAAUUGUAAUCGAAUGGAUCAAAUUCUUGGUCGCCCGAGUGCCCUUACCUAGUAGCAAAGUCCUUCCUGUUUGGGUUGAGAGCAGAAAGGUGGCUUUGAGGAGAGCAGGGAAGUGGGGGAGGGGGGGUCCGCUUCACUUCCUGUCCCUCUGUUCUGGUCUCCUCCUACCCCUACAGCUGUCUCUACCUGUCACCCUCCCACCGGCUCCCCGCACAGUCCACAGCCUGCAGAGUGGGCAGGUGUCUUGUUCUCAGUCCUUCACCCAGGGGACCCUGGGUCCCAGGGACUGUUUAUCUGAGGGUCAGGGGAAGUUCCCGUAUCUCAGAAGAGGAAACUUGAGUUUCCUCCAAAAUAUUGUGUUAAGAAAAGAAGAAGCAGGGGGCUGUGGUCACAUCUCUUGAGUGGCUCGGGGGUGUGGGGGCCCACGGGGGUGCUGGCCCUUCCACAACUCCCACAACGGUCUAGUUGAAGACAGGCAAAUGGAAGAGAGGUUUCCUUUUACCAUUUUGGGUCCAGAGGAGCAAAGAUUAGGUGAAUUAAAAAUAAUAAUAGUCAUAGUUUAUCAAGCAUGAAUUAGUCAUUCGUAUUUAAGCCUCACCAUGACUGUGAAUCAGGAUAAUUAGCGACCGUACUCGAUAGUGGGGAAAACCGAGCCCAGAGGGGUCUUGUGGCUCACCCACGGCCCUUCGGUGGGUAAGUGGCACAGUCAGGGUUUACCCAAAGGCAGCGUCUGCUGCUUUCAAAGGGAUUGUCUGUGAACUUGAAUCAUCCUCGAGGACCGUGACCUUGGAGCUCUGAUCUCAGCUGGUUAUUUUGGGAAACUGAACAGCGUGAUGUGGUUGGAAACUGACACCCUGGGACGGGAGAGGAGACUAGGGGUUGAAUUCUGGGUGAGGUUAUGGUUGUCUUUGAGGCUUUUCUGGGGUUGUUACAUUGAUGAUGAGGACCAGGGAGCCACCUGUGACGGUCUGGAGACUUCUGGAGAGCCUUUAGGAUGUGCUGAUGGAUUAGAUGUCGGGGGUGGCGGGUGAGAGAAAGAGGAAAGAAUGACUCCUAGAUUUUCAGUCUGAGCAACAGGAAAGAUGGAAUUACCAUUAUCAAUGACAGGGAAGAAAGAAUUCUUAUGAACUCCACCUACGUUUAGGUAGUCCAUGAACUUCUGCUGAAGUUCUUAGAACUUCUCUUAUCUGGUAAGUGGUGGGUCAGGAAUGGAAUCGUGUGUGUGUGUGUGUGUGUGUGUGUGUGUGUGUGUGUGUGAGUGAGAAUGGAAACCAGGGUCUCUCACAUG